AUGGCUGCCAGCAACGCCAAGAGCGCGACAUACGCGCUGUCCGAGUCGCACAAGCAGAUGCUCGAGAAGUCGCUUCUCGAGUCCGACCCCGAGAAAAAUGAGAUCCAGCGGCAACGCGAGUCCAUCAUCCUUAUCGCCUCCGAGAACGUCACUUCUCGCGCUGUUUUCGAUGCCCUGGGCUCCCCCAUGUCCAACAAGUACUCCGAGGGCUAUCCGGGCGCUCGUUACUAUGGCGGUAACCAGCACAUUGACCAAAUUGAGCUUCUCUGCCAAAAGCGUGCCCUUGAGGCCUUCAACCUCGAUGGCGCGAAGUGGGGUGUCAACGUCCAGUGCUUGAGCGGCAGCCCUGCCAACCUUCAAGUCUACCAGGCCCUCAUGCCUCCUCAUGGUAGGCUGAUGGGUCUGGACUUGCCCCACGGUGGCCAUCUGAGCCAUGGCUAUCAGACUCCCCAGCGGAAGAUCUCUGCCGUCUCGACUUACUUUGAGACCAUGCCCUACCGUGUCGACCUGGAGACCGGCAUCAUUGACUAUGACACCCUCGAGAAGAAUGCGCAGCUUUUCCGUCCCAAGAUUCUUGUUGCCGGUACUUCGGCCUACUGCCGCCUCAUCGACUACGCCCGUAUGCGCAAGAUUGCUGAUUCGGUCGGCGCCUAUCUGGUCGUCGACAUCGCUCACAUCUCCGGCUUGGUCGCCGCUGGCGUUAUCCCCUCCCCCUUCGAUUACGCCGAUGUUGUGACCACCACCACGCACAAGUCGCUCCGCGGGCCCCGGGGUGCCAUGAUCUUCUUCCGCAAGGGUGUCCGUUCCGUCGAUCCCAAGACUGGCAAGGAGACUCUCUAUGACCUGGAGGACAAGAUCAACUUUUCCGUUUUCCCCGGCCACCAGGGUGGCCCUCACAACCACACCAUCACCGCACUGGCUGUCGCGCUCAAGCAGGCUGCUAGCCCUGAGUUCAAGGAGUACCAGAGAAAGGUUGUCUCUAAUGCCAAGGCUUUGGAGAACAAGUUCAAGGAGCUUGGCCACAAGCUCGUGUCCGAUGGCACCGACUCGCACAUGGUGCUCCUCGACCUCCGCCCAUUCCAGCUUGACGGUGCGCGUGUCGAGGCUGUCCUCGAGCAGAUCAACAUCGCCUGCAACAAGAACAGCGUCCCCGGCGAUAAGAGCGCCCUCACCCCGGGCGGUCUCCGUAUCGGCACUCCGGCCAUGACUAGCCGCGGCUUUGGUGAGGCCGACUUUGAGCGCGUCGCGCAGUACAUCGACGAGAGCAUCAAGAUUUGCAAGGAAGUCCAGGCUUCCCUGCCAAAGGAGGCCAACAAACUCAAGGAUUUCAAGCUCAAGGUUGCUAGCGGCGAAGUUGCCCGCAUCAACGAGCUCAAGAAGGAGAUUUCCGAAUGGAGUCUCACCUUCCCCCUCCCCGUUGAGGGCUGGAGAAUGGAUGCUGGCAUCUAA